AUCGAAGUAAACCAAAGGUGUGUGAACUUGGAUCAAACCAACCCAAAGUGUACGACACACCUCACCUCACCCAGAACGCCAACUUCUGACUUCUGCGAUGGCAGCGUGUGAAAUGCGGGGCCGAGUGGUGUUUUGAUUCUUCUGCGAGAACACAGCCCCCAUUUUCCAGCGCCGUUUUAUUUGUAUUCGUAUGCCUUCAAUUGUUCUUUCUGCAAUUUGAAUCUGACUGGUAGAUCUGCACUGACGUUCGUAUACUCUUCGUCAAUUCGCCGAUCUCAAAUUUUCUCGAUAAUGGCGGAAGAAGUGGGCGAAAAUGGUAGCGUGUUCGAAAACCAUGCAGAAGAUGUUAAGAAACAGGACGAUGAGCAACUUCACCUGAAUACAACUGUGAUUGACCCGAAUCGUGUGAAGCAGAAUGGACUCGUUGAUGGAAACACAGAUAAACAGUUUAAUUACAGCCAAGAUGAAUUUGUACAGAUGGUGUUAGAACUCAAUUUCCAGAAUGAAUAUAUGAAGUCUCAUUACAAGGGCUUGAAGAAUCAGUUUCUGGACUCUGAGCGGCCUGACCCGCAGAAAGUGCCGCAUGAUGAUAUGAGGUCUCUGGAUGAUGUCAGAGAGCUUCAUAGAGAAAUAGAAUCUUUGAAGAGACAACUUUUUGAGGAAAAACAAACACGAGGUGCUGCAGAGGAGGCGUUGACGCAUCUACGAGCUGAACAUUCUGAGGCAGAUGUGAAGGCACAAGAGCUUUCUGCUAAACUUGCUGAAGCUCAACAGAAGAUGGAUCAAGAAAUAAAAGAGCGAGAUGAGAAAUAUUCAGACCUUGAUUCCAAGUUGAACAGGCUCCAUAAAAGAGCAAAACAGCGUAUUCAGGAUGUGCAGAAAGAAAAAGAUGACCUUGAAGAGCAGUUCCGUGAAGUUACUAAGAAAGCUGAUCUUGCAUCUUCUCAGCUGUUAGCACUACAAAAUGAGUUGGAGCGGACACGGCAACAUGCAAAUGAAGCAUUGAAAGCAAUGGAUGCGGAGAGGCAACAAUUACGAAGUGCAAACAACAAACUUCGGGAUACCAUUGAAGAAUUACGUAAUUCAUUGGUUCCUAAAGAGAAUGCUUUGGAGGCAAUGCAACAAUCAGUUCUGGACAAAGAACAGAUGGUAGAAGACUUGCGAGGAUUACUGCAGGUAGCCGAUGAAAAGCGGCAAGCUUCCAUUGCAGAACUCUCUGUAAAGCACCAGAAGCAAAUAGAGAACAUGGAAGCCCAAGUUGCUGAUAUUUUAGCUGAGAGAAGCCGAGCAACUGAAACAAUAUCAUCUUUGCGGACUUUAAUUGUGGAAAAAGACACCAAGAUUGCGGAGAUGGAUGUUGCUUCUAGUGGUGAAGCAGCAAGACUUAAGGCUGCAAUAGAGACUUUAAAAGGAGAGCUCAAUCAUCUGAAAAAUGAACAUGGGAAAGAAAAAGAAGAAUUAGAAGCUGUUUUGCGGUCAAUUAGAUCAAAACUGGAGAUUUCUGAAAGUAACCGGAUUCAUGUCGAAGUCGAAGCAGCAAAAUUAAGAAGUCAAUUGGAGUCAGAACUUUCCGUUCAAACUCAGAUGCUGAAUAGCAAAGAUGCUGAGCUUGGGGAAACCAGAGAAAAGAUAAAUCGCAUUGAAAGUGAAUUUGCUUCUUACAAAGUUCGAGCUAAUGCUCUACUUCAGAAAAAGGAUGCAGAAUUAGCUGCUGCUGGAGAGAAUGAUCAACUCAAAGCUCUUGAGGAAGCUCUUAAGGAUGCUGAGAGAGAAAUACUAUUAGUGUCAGCCGAAAAGGAUAAAGCUAUCCAAAAUCUUAAAGAUGCUUUGACUAAUUCUGGAAAGGAAAUCUCAGCCAGGGAUGCAUCUCUCAGUACUGCAGAGCAACAGAUUAAGAGUUUGCAAUUGAAGUUUGACUCUGCUCUUUCUACCCACCAAUCUGAGAAAGAAUCAUGGGACAGAAGCCUUCGAGAUGUGGAAGAAACAUGGCGAUUGAGAUGUCAAGCACUGGAAAGGCUGAGUGAAGAGUCUUCCGGUCAAAAUUUCCAGAAAGAAGUAGAAGAGCUAAAGUUACGUUGUAAAAUGUUGAAGGAAGAGCAAAGUAAUUUUCGUGAUCUUGCUGACAAAAUGAUGGAGGAGAAGGAUAAUGAGAUCUCUAGGCUGUUGGAUGAUAAUAAGAAUCUACAUCAAUUGCUGGAUUCAAGACCAUCGGUUGACUACUAUGAUGACCAUACAGCUUUUCAGAAGCACGAAUCCUCAAAUUCUAGUACUUCAGCGGCAGAGCAACAGAUACUAAUUUUGGCAAGGCAACAAGCGCAAAGGGAAGAGGAGCUUUCUCAAACACAGAGGCAUAUUCUCGUGCUUCAGGAGGAAAUUGAGGAACUGGAGCAUGAAAAUCGCCUCCAUAGGCAACAGGAAGCUAUGUUGAAGGAAGAACUCCGAAACAUGGAAAGAAUGGAGAAGAGGGAAGGAGUGGAUCUGACAUAUCUUAAAAACGUUAUCUUAAAGCUUCUUGAAACAGGUGAAGUGGAGAGACUGCUACCAGUUGUUGCGAUGCUUCUUCAGUUCAGCCCUGACGAGAUGCAGAAAUGUCAGCAAGCCUACCGCGCUUCAACCGAAGUCCCGCCUAGCCCAGCAAGUGAUUCUUCGGGAUCUGGGCGGUCUCUCUUCUCUAGGUUCACAUUUUCAUAGCAUGUGUUUGAUUAAUUAAUUGCUUCUUGAGAUUAAAUGAUGCAAAAGGGCUUAUUGUUCAUUGCCACAUGGAGGAGAUGCGAUCAGGAUCGACUUUUACGUUGUUAAUGUUACGAUAGAUUCCUAGUAUGGAUACAUUGUAAAAGAUCUGUACGAGGAUGGGAGAUUGAGAUGCUUCAUAUAGAAAACAAAUGCGAGAAUAAUGGUCAAAUUUAUUUGUACAGACGAUUUUUUUCCAACUUUUGUAUCCGUUAAAUAUAGCGAAGCCGUGAUUUCUUCACACGACUAGGAGAGAUGCUAAAUAUAGAACAAUUUCGGAAUGCAGAAUAUUAGUGUUACAACUAUUCAUAUACUAUUUCUUUGAGAGAACCCCUCAAACAAUGAAUUUUUUUCAUUAGACG